AGACGAUUAAGGGAGGGAGAGUCGCGCCAACGAAGUAGGCGCGACCAAUGGCUGCCUUGCUACUCGUGGCUCUCCAUGUGGCCUUGUCUCCCUCCGCUAUAGAAGUCCCACAUCCCCUCUCAAAUAAGUAAUAAACCCUCUCCUCAUUUUUUGUCACCUGUCUCUCUCGUUUUCCAACACUCCCCACCUCUCUCUCUCUCCCCCCUCUUCCAACUCUUAAUUCCAGAAGCCAAAACAGUAAGGACCAAGUGGCCGCAAGCGACUUUAAUCAACAAGGAAAGACUAAUCUCUUUCGAGGAGGAAUGGAUGACAAUGAUGAUCAACGCUACGGCUAUGCCUAUAAGUCCUCCAUCCUGCCUUCUCUACCCCGCGACUCUCGUGGCUCCCUUGAGGUCUUCAACCCAACAUUCUCAUCAUCCCCCCCUUCAGCGACAGUCGGAGCGGCUGCUGAAUCCGCCGCCGCUAGACCCCAUUACUCUUCCCUUUUCGCCACUGGCCGGCACCCUCACCACUCUUCGCCGGUCCAAGAAGAAAUAUCGAGGCCAUGGAUGGCGAUCCCUCCCGCAUCCACUACUCCUUCCCCUUCAUCGGGCAACUUUUCGGACGUAGGCGCCGCCGAGAAACGGGCGGCGGAGUGGGGCCUUGUCUUAAAGACUGAUGGGGAGACAGGAAAGCCACAGGGCGUUAGGGUCAGGAAGUCUGAUGAAGAUGCUAGCAAGUCUCGCGGCGGGAGGGAGUCUGGGUCGCAUCGGAGUUCGGAGGAUUCUGAUGCUGGAGGUGGUGGGAAGGACAAGGGCGGGCUUCCUAGGGUUUCGGAGGAGCUUAGGGAGGCACUCUCUGCGUUUCAGCAGACUUUUGUGGUAUCUGAUGCGACGAAGCCGGACCAACCCAUCAUGUACGCUAGCGAGGGAUUCUUCCGGAUGACGGGGUACACUUCCCGGGAGGUUAUCGGCAGGAACUGUCGGUUCUUGCAAGGUUCUGGGACUGACCCUGCAGAGAUUUCAAAGAUAAGGGAAGUUCUGGCUUCUGGUUCUAACUAUUGCGGCCGCCUUUUGAACUAUAAGAAGGAUGGGUCUCCUUUUUGGAAUCUGUUAACAAUAGCACCCAUCAAAGACGAGGAAGGGAAUGUUCUCAAGUUCAUUGGAAUGCAAGUAGAAGUCAGCAAGUACACUGAAGGGUCUAAAGAAACAAUAUGCCGUCCCAAUGGACUGCCUGAGUCUUUGAUAAAAUAUGAUGCUAGGCAAAAGGACAGGGCUCGUAGCUCACUAUCUGAGCUGGUGAUGGCUGUAAAGGAUCCUAAUGCACUUCCAGACUCUAGUAGUCACUCCCUGUUCAGGAAAUCUGAAGGUGGUGCAGAUAAAUUGAAAGCUGAAGAUCAAGGAAGAAGAAAUUCAGAAAUUGCUGCUCCAUUUAGAAGAAAUUCUCGUGGGUCAACGAGAAGUUCAAUGCAGAAAAUUGACGAACUUCCUGAAGGAAGAAAAAAACCAAGAAAAUCGGGUUUAAGUUCCCUCAUGGGUCUAAUUGGCUUACGCUCCACUCAUGCGGAUGAAGAUGAGAUAGAUGUUCCAUUGGAAGCAGAUCCUGUUGAAGAAGAUGAUGAUGAAAGGCCUGAGAGCUUUGAAGACAAUGAAAGAAGAAAAGAAAUGAGGAAGGGCAUUGAUCUCGCGACCACGUUAGAGCGGAUUGAAAAGAAUUUUGUCAUCACUGAUCCUAGAUUACCUGACAAUCCUAUUAUUUUUGCAUCGGACAGCUUCCUUGAGCUUACAGAAUACAGUCGAGAAGAAAUAUUGGGAAGAAAUUGUAGAUUUCUCCAAGGCCCAGAAACUGAUACAGCAACUGUAAGAAAAAUAAGGGAAGCUAUAGACAACGAAAGGGAUGUAACAGUACAGCUGAUAAAUUACACAAGAAGUGGAAAGAAGUUCUGGAAUCUUUUUCACUUGCAACCUAUGCGUGACCAGAAGGGGGAAGUGCAAUAUUUCAUUGGUGUGCAAUUGGAUGGUAGUGAACAUGUUGAUCAUGUCCGCAACUGCAUACCGGAGACUGCUGCAAAUGAUGGUGCAAAAUUUGUGAAAGAAACUGCAGAAAAUGUUGAUGAAGCCGUGCGGGAACUUCCAGAUGCAAAUUUGAAACCCGAGGAUUUGUGGGCCAUCCAUUCAAAAAUUGUCCUCCCAAAGCCUCACAUGAAGAAUAGUUCAUCAUGGAUAGCCUUUCAGAAGAUUCUCGACAUUGGAGAAAAGAUUGGUCUGAAACAUUUUAGGCCUGUUAAAUCCUUGGGAUCUGGCGACACUGGGAGUGUACACUUGGUGGAGCUUGUGGAAACUGGAGAAUACUUUGCCAUGAAAGCCAUGGAUAAAAAUUUGAUGCUUAAUCGCAACAAGGUGCAUAGAGUUUCUGCAGAAAGAGAAAUUCUUGAUAAAUUGGACCAUCCUUUUCUUCCUACCUUGUAUGCAUCUUUUCAGACAAAAACACAUAUCUGCCUAAUUACGGACUAUUGCCCUGGUGGGGAGCUCUUUCUUCUACUAGACAGGCAACCUCUGAAAGUCCUCAAGGAAGAUGCUGUCAGAUUCUAUGCUGCAGAAGUUGUUAUAGCACUCGAGUAUCUUCACUGUCAAGGUAUAAUUUACAGGGACCUUAAACCAGAGAAUAUAUUGAUUCAAAAGGAUGGCCACAUAUCUUUGACUGAUUUUGAUCUAUCUUGUUUGACAUCUUGCAAACCACAGUUAUUACUUCCUAGUACGAGGGCUAAAAAGAAGGAAAGGAAAGGAAGAGCGCCUCCAGUUUUUGUUGCAGAGCCAAUGAGAGCGUCAAACUCCUUUGUUGGAACUGAAGAGUAUAUUGCACCAGAGAUUAUCACCGGGGCCGGCCAUUCUAGUGCAGUUGAUUGGUGGGCGCUUGGUAUUCUUCUAUAUGAAAUGCUCUAUGGAUACACACCUUUUAGAGGAAAGACUAGACAGAAGACAUUUGCCAACAUCUUACAGAAGGAUCUUAAAUUUCCUAAAAGUAAUUCGGUAGGCCUACCUGCAAGGCAGCUAAUGCAUCGGCUGCUGCAUAGAGACCCCCAAAACAGAUUGGGUUCACGCGAAGGAGCUAAUGAAGUUAAGCGGCACGUAUUUUUCAGUGGAAUUGAUUGGGCUCUCAUUCGUUGCAUGAAAUUACCGAACCUUGAAGCACCUGUGUUUGAGGCAGAAACAGAGAAUGAUUCUAUACCAGCAUAUGCUGAGCAGCAAAAUAUCUAUAUAAACGUGUUCUAAAGGUUUGUGAUGUUCCAGAUUAACUCACCGAAGCCAGUGCUUUUAUGAUGAGUAAGAUAUCAAGGUUAGUUGAAGAACGUUUUCAUGUUAUUUUAUUUUCUUACUAGCGCCUGUCUAUGAAAUUCCUUAGCUAGUUAUUUUAUAUUAUAAUGCGGAAGCUGAUUUGUAUUUCAAGUUCAUAUUCAAGCUUCGCAUGCGUUCCAAUAACCAUCAGUAAAUGUUUUAUUGUAAUAAAAUUGGAGUGAAUGCUAAUGUUUUGAAAUUGGCGGAUCUUUCUGGUGAACCGGCCGGUUGAGCCGGGUUUCUUGUGGUAAUCUGGGUUGCUUCUAAACC